AAGCUCUGAUCUGAGGUCACCACAAGCUUUUCGUGCUCUUCCGCUACAAGGCAACGGAACGCGGCCGUCGCACACCGAAAAUCUCCCUGUCGACUUUCCUAGACUGGAGACACCCAAAGAAUAGCGCUCAAUCAAGAUAGGAGCUUCACCUCGAAGUCAAAUCACCUGAACGGGCGUCCACUACAGCUUCAUUGCGGAUUCCUUACCGAGUUUGUUCCGAAUCUUGGAAACCACAUAUUCAAGCCUGGAGUCGGUACACGGCCUCGACGCUCUCGCACAGGCAAGAUGUCUAACAACGCGAUGGCCGCGGACUCGAAGGACAGGCAGUUCCUUGCGGUUAUUGGCGACGAGGAUUCCGUGACAGGCCUCCUUCUUGCUGGCAUUGGCCAUGUAACCCCGGCACCAGACUCGCAAAAGAAUUUCCUGGUUGUGGAUAACAAGACCGACACCGCGGCAAUCGAGGCUGCGUUCCAGAAAUUUACAACUGAACGCAAAGAUAUCGGAAUCGUGCUAAUUAACCAGCAUAUCGCGGACAGGAUACGUCACAUAGUCGAUACCUACACGGCAGCCUUUCCUGCAGUUCUGGAGAUCCCGAGUAAAGACCAUCCUUACGACCCUGAGAAGGACAGCGUGCUCAGGCGAGUUCGCCGCUUGUUUGGAGAAUAGAUUUGCACUGCAAUUAGUCCAUAUGGAGACUUGGUUUUGUCUCAAGUUCAUAGAUCGAAAUACUGUCAAGCAAUGUUAUCAAAUAACAAUUCUCUGGCGAUUGUGUCUUACAAAAAGGGCAUCAUCCCGGUUUUGCUGAGAACGUUAGGAAAACAAAGUUCAUAAUGCUAUAUUGGUCGCAUCUGAUAUGACAGGAUUACUCCCGUAUGCUAUGUCGCGCGUACUAAAAGAGCUGUCGCCAAAAAAGAACAAAAGUAUGACCACGCCUAGGAUAAAAUGUGAAACGACAAUUGGCAAUCUUCCUCAUGCAAGAUGAGGCGGACGGCUCCAACCCGGGGACACCUUAUCCGUCAUUAUUUACACCCAAACAAUCAUUCCUCCUCAUUGGACCGUCGCAAUUACAAGUCACCCCAUGGAGUGGCAAUGCUAUUCCUCUCAAACCUGACUUCAGCCGUCAGGCACGAGAUCUUCUUGUUGUCCUUGGUGUAGACAUCGGCGAAAACGGUGUAUUUGCCCUAAAGGAGGUAUCUCAUUGGGCAGGUCCACCGACUUGACAAUGUCAAGCUUGCCCUCAUCGAUGGGGCAAUCGAGAUCAACAUUCUUGAUCUGCUCGCAGAGGUCGGCCUUGGUGUUGAUAAGGCGAAUCAGACCGUAUUUGACAGACAAGUUGAUGUAAGCGCCAUCCUCAAUUUUUUGGGUGACAUCGCCGCUGGCCUUGAUAACAAGACUCUCGCCGGCCUUGGGAGGGUUGGGCGAUAGGUCGACCUUGGUGAUCUUGAGGAUGUCAUCCUUGUGUUCUCCAUCGCAGAGCUUGAGAGGCGACUCGCCAGGGAUUUUGUGGUCAUCGUCGAGAGCGACUGGCACCUGGUCCCGCUCCUGCAGACGAAGGCCUGAUGCCGAUGAGAAGCCGACCGAGAGGAGGGCGACAAAUGCCGUAGAGAACCUCAUCGUGAGGUGCGAGGGAUGGCUUCUUUGCGUCGGUAAUCAAUUCUGAUCUCCUAGGAUUCCACGAAGCUAUUCUGACAAGGUGCGAUGGCUGCGACGUUGAAGGUUGAGUGAGUGUAAGCAGCAGAUCUGAUUGAUGUUGCUGAGGCGAGGAUGUUUGGAGUGGCGCUAACAGUGCGGAGGUCAGGUGGAAUGGAGUAGGCAUCCAAACGUCAUGGCAUGCUGCGGGGGCAGGGGGCGCUCGAC